AAAUACUUUCCUUUUGCUACGGAUCCACCCUUUUAUGGAAAUCGGAGGCCAAGAACCUUGUUUAUUUUUUUCUUAAAUUAGUUAGUCAGUUUAUUUAUAUCCUAAAUUUGUGAUUCACCCUCAUAGUACUAUUAAAUUUUUUCCAAUUUUAUUAGUAGUUAUUUACAAAGUACUGCUGUGAGACAUGGAGGAUCCUAAUGCGGACACUCAAUGGAACGAUGCCCUGCGAAGAGUAGGUGUUCUGCCUCAAAAGGAGAAAGCCAUCACAGAAGAAGAAAUUAUAAACAUUGUGGACAACACUGUAGAAGAGAAAAUAAGAAAAGAAGCUGAGAAAGCAAUAGAAGAUUUCUCGCUUGAAGAGCUUGAACUUAUUGAAGAUGAAGAAGAUGAAAGAGUUUUACUGGAAUACAGGCAGAAGAGAAUAGCUGAGAUGAAGGAAGCAGCUUCUAAAGAUAUAUUUGGCGAUGUUCGAGAUAUAUCGGCUGCUGAUUAUGUAGAACAAGUAAAUAAGGCUGGUUCUGGAAUCUGGGUGGUUCUCCAUCUUUACAAACCUGCCAUUCCUUUGUGUGCGAUGAUCAAUAAUUACAUGCAUACUCUGGCAAGAAAAUUCAAAGAUGUCAAAUUUCUGAAGAGCAUUUCAGAUACAUGCAUUGAAGGAUACCCUGACAAAAAUCUGCCCACGCUUUUCAUCUAUUACGAGGGACAACUGAAAGAGAAGUUUAUUGGACAGGAAGCAUUCGGAAAUCUCGCAUUUAAGGCAGACGAGCUUGAGUGGAUGUUAUCUGAAGUAGGGGUAUUGAAAACGGAUUUGGAGUGCAAUCCUCGACGACCGGUCCAAGAUGUCCUUCUUUCAUCUUUAAGAGGAAACUAUGACAACGAUGAUAAUGAUUGGUAAACGAUGGUUUCAUAUCCGAUUUCCUGUACAUAAUAAAAUUUUAUUGAAAAGUG